AAGAAUUCCCGCGCAGUACUGUCAAAUUGUUAUCGUGAAUCUUAUUUAUUUUAUUUGUAAAAGGUACAAUUGUAGGUUGUCCUAAGCGGCAACUGGUAAGCCAUUGAAUAAAACUUAUGAAUAGUUUUCGAAGAGUGGUUACGCAUUGUAGAAUAGGUUUACAUGUGAAAAAGCAUUCUUUAUUUACCACCGUUCCUACACAGAUAUGUUAUAGUUUUUGUACACGAUCAUUUGUCUGCAAUUUGCACACGUUUGGAGCCAACAAUAUGUCUCAGAAAAGUAUAACGUCGUUUUUUAAAAUGACGCCAAAGAAAGCGGCGGAAGUCAAUUUGGAAAACCAUGAUGAACAAACAUCCAAUGGACAGCGGCUGGAAAGCAACCACAGUGAGCAGGACUCCCCCAAGUCCAUCAAACGGAAAUGUUCUCCAUUCAACUCUGAAACUUCUAAGAAAUCAAAAAGACUAAGAAUAGAAAGUUCUAGCAGUGAAGAAGGAAGUGCAGAACAAGUAGGAGAACAAGAAAAAAUAAAAGUAGAAAAUUUCACUAAGCCUAAGACAGACAAGUCAACCGAAGAAGCUAAAAUUGAGAAGUCUUCUCUUGUUGAGACUGAGGAAUCAAAAAAUAAAAAGUCUGAGAAAAAUGAAGCAAAAUCUGUUAUCAAAAAGGAAAGUGAAGAUAUUAAAGCCGAAAGUUCUGAACAGACUGAAGUUGUUACAAAAUCUGUCAAGAAAAGUAGGUCUCCACAGAGAGCAGCAAAAGUGGAAGAAGAGAGGACUACCCCAGAGACAAAAAAAGGACCUAAGAAUGUGAUGAGCUUCUUUGUCAAGAAGGAAGUCAAUGGGAAUGAGGGUGAGGCGAAGGAGACUGGGGUAGUAAGAGAGGAAGACUACAACCCGGCAAAACCGAAGUACCAUCCGAUCUCGGACGCGUGCUGGGCGGAGGGCCAGCCCGUGCCGUACCUGGCCCUGGCGAAGACCCUGGAGGCCAUCGAGGAGACGUCGUCUCGGCUCAAGAUCGUCGAGACCCUCGCCAACUAUUUCCGCUCGGUGAUGGCGCUCACACCGGACGACCUGCUGCCCAGCGUCUACAUGUGUCUCAAUCAGCUGGCGCCCGCUUACCACGGAUUGGAGUUAGGCAUAGCGGAGACGUACCUGAUGAAGGCCAUCGGGCAGUGCACGGGGCAGUCGCUGGCGCAGGUGAAGGCGGCCGCGCACAAGGCCGGCGACCUGGGCCGCGUGGCGCAGAGCGCGAGGGCCCGCCAGCGGACCAUGCUGGCGCCGCCCAAGCUCAGCUGCCGGAGGGUCUUCGCGGCGCUCCAGGAGAUCGCGCGCAUGACCGGUGCCGCGUCGGUGAACAAGAAGAUCGCCAAGAUCCAGGGGCUGUACGUGGCGUGCCGCGCGUGCGAGGCGCGCUUCCUGUUCCGCUCGCUGGAGGGCAAGCUGCGCGUGGGGCUGGCCGAGCAGUCGGCGCUGCAGGCGCUGGCGCAGGCCGCGGCGCUGCACCCGCCCGGCGCGGCGCGGGGGCUGGCGGCGGAGCAGCUGAAGGCGCGGCUGGACGAGCACGCGCGGCUGCUGAAGAGCGCCUACUGCGAGCGCCCCGACCUGGGCGCGCUGGUGCCGGCGCUGCUGCGCCACGGCGCCGAGGCCCUGCCGCGCCACUGCCGCCUCACGCCCGGCGUGCCGCUCAAGCCCAUGCUGGCGCAGCCCACCCGCGGCGUGCACGAGGUCCUGGACCGAUUCGAGAACGAAAAGUUCACGUGCGAGUGGAAGUACGACGGCGAGCGAGCGCAGAUCCACGUGCCUUCCUCCACCGACGGCACCUCACCCGACUUCGCCAACGCGAGGGUGUUCAGCCGCAACCAGGAGGACAACACCUCCAAGUACCCUGACGUGCUGCGCCGGCUACCUGCUUUAUUAAAAGAUUCCGUGGUCAGCUGCGUGCUCGACACUGAAGCUGUGGCUUACGACGUGUCUAAUAAGCAAAUUUUGCCAUUCCAGAUCUUGUCAACGCGCAAGCGCAAGGACGCUAACGAAGCGGAGAUCAAGGUGCAGGUGUGCGUGUUCGCCUUCGAUCUGCUGUACUUAAACGGGCAGCCGUUGGUCAAGUUGCCUCUUGCCGACAGGAGGGAGCUGCUCAGGACGCACUUCAACGAGGUCGAAGGCGAGUGGCAGUUCGCGGCGGGAGCGGACUGCUCCACCCUCGAGGAGGUGCAGGCGCUGCUGGACGAGUCCAUCAAGAAGUCCUGCGAGGGGCUGAUGGUGAAGACGCUGCACGGCCCGAGCGCCGCGUACGACAUCGCGCGAAGGUCCCACAACUGGCUGAAGCUCAAGAAGGACUACCUGGAGGGCGUCGGGGACAGCAUCGACGCGGUCGUGCUGGGCGGCUACCGCGGGCGCGGCAAGCGCGCGGGCGUCUUCGGGGGCUUCCUGCUGGCCUGCUACGACGCCGACGCCGACGAGUACCAGUCGCUGUGCAAGCUGGGCACGGGCUUCUCGGACGAGCAGCUGCGCGAGCUGUCGGCGGCGCUGCAGGAGAAGGCCAUCGCCGGCCCGCGCAGCUACUACCGGUUCGACCCCGCGCACGCGCCCGACGCCUGGUUCGCCGCCGGCGCCGUGUGGGAGCUGCGCUGCGCCGACCUGUCGCUGUCGCCCGCGCACCGCGCCGCCGCGGGGCUGCUGCACCGCGACAAGGGCGUGUCGCUGCGCUUCCCCAGGUUCGUGCGCGUGCGCGACGACAAGGCGCCGGAGCAGGCCACGUCGGCGCGGCAGAUCGCCGACAUGUACCUCGCGCAGGACCAGGUGCGGAACCAGGCCGCGAAGCCCGCGCCGCAGGACGACUUCUACUGAGCCCGGGCUCUCGGCGGCCGACACUUACGUUUUUACUUACGACGGUGCAACGUUUCGUAUAGACUCUAAAUGUACUUUUGUUACGAAACCAUGCUCUUCAAUAAUAAUUAUGGUGCGUGAUUAACACAACGUGCGAAUAAAACCAUCGAGCGAUACCCAU